AUGGCGCCGCAGAAGCUCGCCGCCGUCGUCGUCCCUGUAACCUUGCUAGCGCUCCUUGGGGCCGUGGCGGGCCAGAUCAGUUAUGCUCCCAGCACAAGUCCUCCUAGCUUGAGCCCCGCACGCCCAAACCCAAACUCUUAUCCUCCAAGCCAGAGCCCACCGAGCUCAGUUCUUCCACCUACUUAUCAUCCAAGCCCAAGCCCAGCCGCAUAUCCUCCAAGUAGUAGCUCAACUCCACGGUCUUAUCCUCCAAAUGCAAACCCAGCUACAUAUCCUUCACCGAGCCCAAGCCCAACCACCUACGCUCCAAGCACAAGCCCUACCCUUAGCCCGAGUCCAAUUCCACCAACUUAUCUUCCAAGUGAAAGCCCAAGCCUAUCGAUCUCAAGUCCGCCAACUUAUCCUCCAAGUAGAAGCCCAAACCCAUCGACCUUGAGUCCACCAACUUAUCCUCCAAGUGCAAGCCCAAGCCUAUCGAUCUCAAGUCCACCAACUUAUCCUCCAAGUGGAAGUCCAAACCCAUCGAUCUUGAGUCCACCAACUUACCCUCCAAGUGCAAGUCCAAGCCCCUCAAUCUCGAGUCCACCAACUUAUCCUCCAAGUGCAAGUCCAAGCCCCUCGAUCUCAAGUCCACCGACUUAUCCUCCAAGUGCAAGUCCAUCUAGUUCAAUCUCUAUCCCAUCCUCUCGUCCUCCUAGCCUAAGCCCAAGCCCAUCGAUCACGAGUCCACUGGCUAGCCCCACCCCAAGUCCAUCUAGUUCAAUCUCAAUCCCACCCACUUAUCCUCCUUCCCUAAGCCCAAGCCCAAGCCCAAGCAAAGCUCCUUCAGGACUUAGUGUCGGCUACUACAAGUAUCGAUGCCCCAAAGCAGAGACUAUUGUCAGGGAGGCCGUGAAGAGUGCCAUAGACAAGCAUGAGCUGUUCAAGCAUGCAUGCCACGUUAAAUCAUGGUGUUUCUUGCACGCAUAUGAUUAA